GUGGGAUGCGCGAGCGCACUUCAUAUCGCACAUUCGUUCUGGACACAUGAUUCGGGAAAAAACCAAACAAUUAUACUUAUAUUAUACUGUAUAAUGUUCGUGUUUUUGCUGGCUUUAUGCGCGGGCGCAGCGACUGCGGCAGAGUUUACGCUGCCCGGUGAAUGUCCGAAUGUGAAACUGCAGGAGAAUUUGGACUAUACUAAGUUUUCAGGGGUGUGGUACAACGUGGCCAGCUAUGCCAGCGACGGCCGAUCGAUCUACGACUGUGCGACCCUGGACUUCCAAGAAGACAACCUGGGGUACACCUUGAGGGAGACCUACGUCAAUGUGGACCAGGGCAAUAGGACCCAGAAGUCCUACUUCGCUAGAGUGGACCCGACGUUCGAUGCUGGCAAUAAGGCCAAAUUCAUCGUCAGCCAUGAGGAUGGAGACAAAGUCCUGCAGUUCCCGUUCUUCAUCCUGUCGACGGAUUACGACCACUACGCCAUCGCUUACACCUGCAAGACGUUGAAAAAGAAGCAAAGGACGCACUAUGUGUUCACAUGGAUACUCUCCCGAAGCAAAGAUGCUCUACAAGGCGAAGUCUUGAAGCAAAUGGAAGAUGCACUAUCAAAGUACUCGGAACUGGCCGAACACCGACAGUCGUUUGUUUUCAAGGAUUUUUCUGAAUCAAGCUGCUCCUUCACCAACAAGUAUGAGAGUGAUUUCUUCACAAGCAACUUUUGGUGAUUGAUGGACUGUGAUAUAAUAUUUAAUUUGGCAACUC